CUACUCCCCAUUUAAUUUUGAUUCGGGCACAGGGUAUAUAUACAUUACUCCUGUCCCAAUGCAUUGUCUGGACAAAGAGAGAGAAUGGAAGGAGAGAUAGUACUCCACGAAGGAGAAGUGGAAGGUUGACGAACGUUAUGUUCAGAAAGAAAACCAAGCUGCGUGGGGGGCCAGAGCAAAUUGAUCUCAUUCGUGACGAAUCAAUUCAAACUGGGGGGUGUGCUGAAGCUGAAGGGAUUAGGGAAGACGGAGACAAAGAAAUGACAGAAAUUCAACCAAGUGCUCAGGUGGAUGGUGAGAGAGAUGAUUUUCAUGAUGAGAAUAUGCAAGAUCAACAGGGUAAAAUGGAAUCUGGAGGUGAAAAUAAUGCAUCCCCAUCGGAUAUGGAAACUGAUGGCGAGGGACAAAGCAGUGAUGAGGAGGUUGCAGAUGAUGAUGAUAGAGAAGGCAGUGACGAGGACGAGGCAGAUUAUGAUGGUGAAGAAGGGAGUGAUGAGGAUGGAUCAGAGAAUGGUGGUGCACACAGCGGUGAUGAGGAGGAAUCAGAAGAUUACGAAGGGGACGAUAAUGAGAAUGAUGAUGACAUGACUGGUGAGCCGGAUGAAGAUAGUAGUGAACGAGGUGCAUCAGUGAAAGGAAAGACACCAAGAGCAGUUGGUAAGAGUGUUGAACGUUCACGUGCAAGAACAAGUUAGGCUAUGAAGCAGGGAGAUGAGAGAUUACAGGUUAUUGGAAGAACAGAGAUGGUGCGAAUAAAAAGGGAGGGCUGGA